AUGGUAUCAGACUGUACAGGUCUAGCUGAUCUAUUGACGUGCUUCACACCAGUCCAGGACAGCGUGUUGCGCCAUCUCGACAUUGGGGAUAUCAUCGCACUCUCACGAGCCGCAAAGGCGUUUACUGAUUAUGUGCGCCUGGUCGAGCGAACGCAGUUUAAUAUCAACGAAAAGCUGAAGGUGUUUGUGACAAGUCCGAACGCGUUUCGCUCGCUACAGGCGAAGCACAACAUCCUUAUCAGCGGAUCUUUUGCGUUCGGCUUCAUGCUGAGAAUACCGCUCAACUUCCGCAUGUUUGAUAUCCCUACGACUAUGCUGGACAGGCUCUUAGUAGAGAGAGGCCCACAUGCCGAGGCCCUGAGAUCGUUUCUCGAAAACGAGGGUUACAGGGUCAAGGACAGCUCCAUCCCAAACCACCCUUUCAUGGAACGCGAUACCGCCAAGGGCUGUCAAACCGUCUACAUUCGAGAGACGGAAUAUACUCCUCUCUUCGUGAUAUUGAACUCGAUCUUGACUUGCGACGUCAACUUCAUUACCUGGAAUAAAGCAUACUCUGUGUUUCCAGACCACACUUUCAUUCUGAAACAAGGUCACCUACUUAUGGACAUCAAGCAUUGGAAACAUCUUCCACAGGAACUGGCUAAAUGGAUGCGCGUUGGGAUUGACAUCGCCCCUUGUAGUCUUCCGGAUGCGCUUCUCCCACACGCGAAGACUGACUCUACGUCUACAUUGCUAGGAAACCGGUUGGUCGGCGAUAAAAGAUCUUGGGUGGUAUCGCUGAACACUGACCGCAUCGAGCCGUCGCCCUUCCCAGACCUUCCCAUCGACUAUGCUGGAUUUGAGGUGACUAGGUUUUUGAACGACGAAACCGAGACUUUGCUAGAUUCACCAUCUCCUCAGUUCAACCACUACACCAUUGAGAUGACGGUCGUCGAGAGCUUUGCGUUACGCUACCAGUACAUCUUCGCCGACAAAGCUUACCCAGAGCAACACCAUUUUAGAGGUCGUACAAUCGUACAGCUCUACGCUCUGGGCGCUGCAAGGCGGCCAUCGGGAUUUGCGCAGAUCUUUGCUCAAACAAACCAUUCGAAUCUACGUGCCAUCGCAGGGUUUGUACCACCAGAGAGCUGGAAAUAUUACGACGAUGAGAUGCACAAAUUCUUGGAGGCAAGGUAUCCGGAGCUGUCUAAGCAAGUCAGAGAUUGA